AUGGCUGACAACGGGCCGCCCAAGGUCAAGGUGCUUAUUAUUGGCGCGUCGGGAGUGGGCAAGACGUGCCUGCUGACGCGGUUCUGCGACGAAGUCACACCGUCGUCGACCAUCUCCACCAUCGGCAUCGAUUUUAAGACCAAGGUGGUGAAGGUUGACGGGACAGCCAUGCGGCUGCUGGUAUACGAUACGGCCGGACAGGAAAAGUACCGCACCAUCACCUCGUCGUUCUAUCGCGGCUCGGCCGGGGUGGUCCUCGUCUACGACGUGACAGACGAGGCCUCGUUCCACUCCAUCUCGGAGCUGUGGAUGCCGCGGCUGGAAGAGCUCUCGGGCAAGAACGUGUCCAAGGUCUUGGUCGGCAACAAAAUCGACAAGGAGGCGGCGCGGACGGUGCCGACUCGGCUGGGCGAGGGCCUGGCCGACGAGUUUGGCAUCCCGUUCUUCGAGACGUCGGCCAUGACCGGCGACGGCGUCGAGAACGCCUUCCUGCACCUCGCGGCCGCCAUCAAGGCCCGAGUCCUCGAUCCUGUCGCCGAGCAGCGUGCCACCGCCGACGAUCCUGCAGUCAUCCUCACCGGCAUUGCUGGGGAUUCCGGGCGGACGCUCGAGUCGGUCACCAUGACUCUGCACUACAUCUCGCUCUUUGUCGAGUACAACGUGCAGACGCCGUUCUUCCGCAAGGCGCUCGCGUGUUGGGAAGACUAUCGCAGCCGGAGUUUCGCGGCCGGGCUCGCUCGGCGGGAGUUUGUGGACGAGGUGGUGGCCCGGCUGGCGGCGCCGGUGCCGAUGGACAAGGUUGUGCUCACGCUUGUGGAGCAGGCGUCGUCGGUGCAGUGUGCGCUCGGGCUCGGCGAGGCCGGGACCAUGCCGAACGAUCCCGAAAAGAGCGCGGAGACGCUGGCCAAGUCGCUGACGUCGAUUGCGCUCGAGGGUCUGCUCAAGGCGUCGUACGAGGUGCCGGAGCUGCACGACAACCUGCUGCUCUUCCUCAAGCACCCAGGCAUCACCGAGGGUCGGCUGCUCUCGCUGCUGUACAUGAUCCGCCUGUUUGUGGCGACGCCGACGUCGAACCCGCUGCCGACGCCAACCAUCAUGUCGCUCAUCACCACGGUCAAGCAGUUCUACCUCUGGCCGCUUCCGUACGCGUCGGUGGCCAAGACGCUUCUCCGCGAGCUUUCGCGCGAGCUGCGUGUUCCCGGCUCGAUGUGGCGCGACGCGUAUCUGCGGUCGAACGCGUCGCUGCUCGAGGCCGACGCGCGAGGCGCCGCCGACGAGGCCGACGCCCGCGAGGGUCUCGCGCACGUCUUUCUCAACAUUUCCGAGCCCAAUCUUCCGCACUUUAGCUACCUCAUGCAUCAGUUUGCCACCGAGCGGCCGACGCCGACCCAGAUCAAGUACCACUUUGUAGUCACAACCCUCAACCUGCUCCUCGACGAUGGCGUCGACGCCGAGGCGCUCGGUCUCUCGACCUGCGCCGCGAGCGACAUCGACGCGCUCUACACCCAGCUGACCGCGCUUCUGGCCAAGGCCGAGGCGCUCAACGACGUCGCCGAGUCCAAGAAGCUCUACACCGCCGGCGUCACUGCCAUUCGCGACUCGAUCACCAUGCUUCCACCGGCUUCCACGCCGGGAACCCAGACCGCGGUGGCCUCACCGUCGGCGCUGCGGUACAACUUUCUGGUCCUCGGCGAUGAGUACGACGACAACGUGUCUGCGAGUGCGGUGACUGUCGACGACGAGCUUCACAUCCCGGUCACCUCGGGCUACGGCAUGCUCCGCGACGUGCUCGCGCUGUAUGCCGAUGCCCAGGCUGGCGUGGUCGACACCGUUGCGCCCGAGGAUGACGACGACCCCGACGGGCUCGACGGCGACGGCGACGGCGAGUCGUCAGGCUCGCGCCCGCAAGGCAAGCGCAUCGUCAAGAUCGGCGUUGGCGGCUCCGAUUAUACCCUCCUCAACGUUGUUGCUGGCUACGUGGCGUUGCUGCGGACCGAGCCCGAGCUCGUGGACAAGCUUCAGGUUCAGAUCUACGUGCUUCCGUUCGGGACCGAGAACGCGCUUGCCUCAUUCCUCGGCUGCUUCGACGGGUGGUACGGGCGGCACAUGCUCGACCUCUCACAGAUGGUGGCGCGGGUGAUGCCACACGUCGGUGCGCCGCCGGCGCCCGUCCUCGACGUCUUUGACGCCGGCGGCACGCUCGACGUCUCCAUGUUUGAGGGUGGCGUCCGCCCGGACAUGGCCCCGAACCGGCUCCCAGUUCCGCAGCUCUCACCCGGCGAGCUCCUCUGCCACGAGAUCGAGCGGUACUUUACCCGCGGCAUCCACCCACUCGACGUCAACAUUUACUUGUGCGAGAUCUGGGUGGCGUCGGCGACGCGCGGCGGCGAGCCCAUCCAUCGCACCAUUCCGUUUGUGCAGCGAGUGGAGAUCGGCGUCAAUGCCGCCGCCCGCUCGUUCCGCCGCAAGAAGGGCUGGUCGCACCUCUCGCUCGACGACGUCGUCACCCACAAGUCGUUCAAGUACACCGGGCCUGAGCUCACCGCCUCGUUCUCCGAGGUGUCGCUCUCGGGUCUCGCUCGACCCGGCCCGCCUAUCCCCACCAAGCAGUACUGGAACGUGACAGUCUCCAACGUGCCUGCGCCCGGCCAGAGCGGCACUCCGCCGCGGCCCUCGCACUCGGCGCUCGAGCUCUACUGCCUCGACUUUGACACCGGCAAGCGGCUGCAAAAGGGCAAGUCCGCCGUCAUGGAUGGCGAGCGGACGUACCACGCCUCGCUCAUCGAGCUCCAGGCCAAGGACACCAAGAAGCAGUUCCCUAUCGUCAUCGAUGGCCAGCUCUUUGAACCCGUCGACAAGAUCCGCAUUUCUCCGUGCUUCAAGGGCGCGUCCAACACCCAGGCUGCCCUCUCGGUCAUGACUUACUUUCCGCUCGACCUCUGAGCUCUGCGAUGUCAGCCCCCUCCCGCGGCACUGCCAUCCCCAAUCCCUGUGAUUGCGGCUGGACCAUGAACGGUGACACAGGGCUUGGCCGUGACUGGCGCGUAAAACUUGGCGCCCUUGUGGGAGCUACAACGAGACAUCGCAAGUCGAUAAAUGCCCCGGUGUGCGAAACGGC